AUGGAUGAGAUUGCUCAGCUCUCUGAGGAGCUGACCUGUCAGCAGGUCAUGCUCAAGUCUCUCGAGGACCCCUGCUUUGACGACGUCGAGGAGGAGCGUGAAGAGAUGAGGGCUGAGAUCGCCCGCCUACAGAGGCUCAUCGACAAGGUGAAACGAGGCAAACCACCGAUAGAGGACGAGUACAGCAGCAGCGAAGACACAGCCGUCACAUGCUACCGAUGCCGCAGCUCCGAGUACGUGAAAACCAGGCAGCUGCGCAAGUCACACUCCCUACAUCUGCACGAGCUCCGCCCUGUCUUUGAGGGCUCCCCCUGUGGUGUCUUCGUUGCCCAACCUUGA